AUGUCCUACUACGACAACCCCCAAGCCCAGUGGUCGGCUUCGUCCACCCCGAGCAACAACCAAAGCAACAACACCAGCAACAACUGGGACCAUCAACAUCAGAGCGGCUCGACCACUCCUGUCCGUGCUGUAUCCUCAACAGGUGCCAGCGGCCCUCAGCCUCAGGAUGACUACGCCUUUUCCUAUCAGUUCGAUGAGGUUGAUCGAGCUUACGAGAACUUGCAAAAAUCAGGCAAGGGCUAUGGAAUGGGUGGCCGACACGGACGAACACCUCACGGCUCUGGUCCCCGCUCCCAUUCGGUGAACAACUUUGACGAUGCCCGCGGUCCUCAGGGUCCCAACCUUCAGAACUUCUACGCCAACCAACGCCACCAGCCCUCGCGAGGCUCCAACGAGGCGGAGCAGGUCAUGCAGGCGAAGAGAAGGAUGGCAGCUCAGCGGGAGCGAGAGCUUCGAAACCUGCACACGGAGCAGCAAUAUCAGCGAACUGUCCUCACUGAGAUUUCCAUCGGAAACAAGCACAUGUCUGAGGAGGAGACCCGGGAGCUGAUUGCCCGGCAGCGAAGCGCUCUCUACGGUGAAGGUCCGUUCGCCGAGAAGUCCGGCUACGUCGAUGAGACCGGCGCUGUUCGCCCUGGUGCUCCCGUCACCAGUGGCCCCUCCAGCAUCCGCGGUCACUCCCCUAUGACCUUCGAUAACAUCGGUCGUGCACCUCCCGCCGAGGCUGGUACUCCCGGCUCUGCCAGCGAAGGCAAUGCACCUCCUGCUGAGCCUACCUCUCGUCCCCAGAGCACGACUAGCCCUCAGGCCUCGGGCCCGACCAACAAGGUCUUCGACAACGCUGUUGGACAUCAGAGCCGUACCAGCACGUCCAGCCCAACUGGCGGAUCUCCUCCCCGGGAUCUCGCCCCUGGGUCGAAGCCCGGCCAAUCCGGCAAUACUGUUGCCCCUAUUGGAACCCGUCCUUCAGGCACUCCCGCGACGACCUCCUCCUCAAAGCGCUCAACCACCCCUCUUGCCUCCCCCGGUGGUUGGGGCCGCGGCAACGGCGUUUGGGGCCAGUCUUCUGGCCUCGGUGCCCCCGCCAGCGUUUGGGGUUAA